AAAAUGAACCGUCCUGUCUCCUGAAGCUGACGUAUAGCGUGAGACUCCGACUGUAGUGUGACGUUAAAAUCGGUUCCUUCCAACAUUCUAUACUAGGAUUUUUCUCUUCGGUUACUCGAAGAUAAAACUUCAAACUCGAGUUGUCUACUAAGAAUAUCACAUAUCUAAAAAAUAAUGUCUAGCCCAACGAAGGAAGAUUUGCCUAAAAUACCAAAUGCCAUGAAAAAUGAACUCACUAGUUUUGACGUAGGAAAAAUGAAUCGUGCUUUAAUGCAGGAAAAAAAUCCACUUCCAUCAAAAGAAGACAUAGAACAGGAAAGAGCUCAUCAAGAAUUCUUAGCAGGAGUACAAAAUUUUAAACGUUCUACUCUUCAACGUACUGAAACUCAAGAAAAGAUUGUUCUUCCAACUGAAGAAGAUGUGAAAGAAGAAAAAAAGCAUAUGGAACUAAUAACAGGAGUACAGAAUUUUGAAAAAUCAAAAUUACAACAAACUAAAACACUUGAAAAGAUUGUUUUGCCUACAAAAGAAGCAAUUGAACAAGAAAAAGGCCAGAAGGAAUUACUCCAGGGAAUUGAAGGUUUUGAUAUAGCUAAAUUGAAGCAUACACAGACACAAGAGAAAAAUAUACUCCCUUCCAAAGAAGUUAUCGAUCAGGAGAAAGGCUGUGCCUAAAGCUACUUGAUCUUCACUCUUUUCAUACUUAUGGAGAACUGGAUGCUCCUGUAACUGUUCUGCAUGCCAUAAUUUUGAAAUCUUUCUAUAUUUAGUUAUGUGGAAUGCUUAAUAAAAAUGUCUGUCCUUUUCUACAUGGCUAUUCAACUCAAAUUUUUGAUGGAAAAUUUUUGAUUUUACACGAAUUUUUAAUGUAAUUAUUUAAAAUGAGUGAAAACUCUCAAUGUCUAUGAUUUUAGCCAUGUUAGAAAAUGAAAAAUUUUCUCUCCGAAUUCUGAAUGGAGAAAAGAAUUUUUAGCUUUGUAAUUUGUGCUGUGGUCACAUCCAUUUGUAGUAGAAAACAUACAUGAAUCCAUGUAUUAUCUAGAUGGCAAUUUUAGUGAAUGGCAUGAGUAGCCUAAAUUGCAAAGUAUUUUGCUAGUCUGGACAUAGUUGUUCCUUUUUGUUAUUAAGGACUACUUUAAAGUGCCAUUCAUCAUUUUAGGAAAAAUUUUCUAUUAAUAUAUAGAUUUUUGACAGCAUUUUUGUAGAAAUAUUUUAUGGUAAGCAGAUUUAUAUUUUAUAAAUGUUUUGUAACAAGUUUUUUGAAAAAAAAGAUCAAAAUUUUGCUAUCACAAUUUUUUAUCAUUGUAAUUUUCUAGGAGUGUACGAACUUUGCAUUCGUCUUCAUAUCAAGCUUUUAUACUUGCUUUUUUACGAAAUUAUAAUAAUGAUUAUAUUUAUGUUCACGGAAUGAGUAUUAUUCAUACUGUGAAAUUUGGUAAUCAAUUAAAAUGACCACAGGAUGA